AUGGCCUUGGCCGUCCUAGGAGACUUCAAUACAAAGGUCGCGGACUGCAGGACCGUAGUCAAUGCCUGGAUUGGUCUCCGGCUGCUAAAAUCGCAUGACGCGAUCAAUCGGUUGGUUGCGCUCAUGCGGGAAACGAUCGAGGACGGCAAGAUGCUCCAAGGUCGUCUACUGCUCAGUAAUGAGGAAUUUGGAAUCGCGGACGCAAAAAGUAAAAAAACAGAGUCCUGCCUGAAUCUCAACUUUGAACUUGUGCCAGUAAAACCGGGUGAACGUCCACAGAUCUCUUCCGAUUUCAGCCUCAUGGAGAUCCACCAACUGAUCGGCGAGUUUCGACGACAGGCACCAACCGGCCUCAUUGCGGAGACUAAGUUUGUCAGGAUUCUAACGCCAUACAUAUUGUGCAGGAAUUCACCAAGAGCGGAACCUGUACCUGCUGCCUUCGAACCUGCCGCAGAAAGUACAGUGGCACAGGUUCUUGUUCUGGAGGUGGCCAAGACAUAUAGGGUUCCACAAGCCUCGGUCAACAAUGCGAACGCUAGCCAAAUUGAUGUUGUCGAUUGGCGUCGUUUCAUGCUGGCAGUGUUGGAGGACAAUUGCAGUCAGCAGGCAGAUGGCAGCGCCAAGAGAAGUCUCACCCAGUUGGAUCUUGUAGCCUUAGCCAAACGCUUCUGUCUUCUCGAUCAGGCUCGCGGACGCAAGGCUGACUUGAACCGGAGCAGUGAAACGCUGUUAGGUAUUCAGCUGACCCGAUCACAGUUCCAAUUUGCCCGCAUCACCUGGUGGAAUGAUAUGGCAGCGUCGACGCAGAUGCAAAAUCUGCUCUUCGACAUAUUCCGUGAACCGGAACUGUCCGAACUUCAGGGAAUACUGCUUCAGCAGGAUAGCCUGCUUGACUCAGACUCUGCAGAUCCGACCUCUGCAACGUCCGGGGUUGAAGGCCUUCUGAUGGCGAUGGCAACGCUGGCCUGUGUCCCUCUUCCACCUUGUUGCCUCCAACUUUUCUCGGACAAUACGGCAGUCGAUGAAUGCGAAGCCCCAACCGGCGAUCUGACCAUCGCCUAUGAAGUUCUGAGCAAGCCAGAAACCACGGCCCAGUUCCCAUCCAAGCACGCAGCCUGCCACGUCAAGGUCACACGCCACAACUCCAAGGACGCGCGCGGACGAGACACGAUAAGAUGGCGUGAGCGUGGACGUGACGUUGGCAUGGAU